GUUAAUCAAGCAAUUUGAAGAGAAGCUCCAUACAAAUGGAAACCGAAAAUUUGCUGCUGGAACAUAGAGCAAUUCCAGAAGAAGCCCGGUACAAAUCGGACCCUAAUGAGUUGGAAGGUUUUUAUGACUGGAAAGGAAAUCCUGCUCGGAAGGACCGCCAUGAUGGAACCGUUUCCACCAUAUUUCUUAAUGUGAUGGUAGGAUUUGAGAACUUAGCUUUCAUGCCCAUAGUUUUAAACCUUGUGACAUAUUUCACUAGGUUUAUGCAUAUGGACAUGGCAGAGGCAGCCAACGCAGUGACUAAUUUCAUGGGAACUACUUUCCAGCUGACUCUGUUUGGAGGAUUCGUCUCUGACUCCUACAUUAACAAAUUUAAAACAAGCGUUCUUGUUGCUUGUAUACAACUUUCUAUACGUACUUUAUAUUCACCCUCUUGGAUUUUCUUGUAUGAUAUGGGUCGAAAUGACGUGUAUUACUUUUUGCAGGGAUACUCUAUAUUGCUAAUACAAGCUCACGAUGAUUCUUUAAAGCCUCCCCCAUGCACUGUAUUUGGAAAUUAUUGUGUGAAAGUGAGCGGAGACAAAGCUGUUAUGCUAUUCCUUGGGCUAUAUCUGAUUGCUGUUGGAAAUGGAAGCCUCAACGCUGUUCUGCCAGGUUUAGGAGCAGACCAGUUUGAUGAGAGAGAUCCCAUUGAGAGGAGAAAAAUUCCCACUUUCUUCAACAUGUAUAACUUCAGCCUGUCAAUGGGAUCAGCUCUUGGAACAACACUGGUGGUUUGGGUACAAAACAAAAAAGGAUGGGAUGCAGGUCUUGGGAUUUCGACCAGAGCUGUUUUCCUUGCAAUUAUAUCCGUUAUAGCUGGAAGUACAACCUAUCGAAACAGAGUUCCUGGAGGCAGCCUCUUUACCAGAAUUUUGCAGGUAUGAUUAGAUAUAGAAGGCUGUUAUUAUCUCAAGUCAUAAUUGAUCU